GGCAGCAGAGCUCUCCGCUAGACUGUUUGAUUGUGGCACCUCCAGGCCUGCCGCCAUGGGAGUGACUUGUGUGUCCCAGAUGCCUGUGGCUGAGGGCAAGAGUGUGCAGCAGACAGUGGAGCUCCUCACCCGAAAAUUGGAGACACUUGGGGCAGAGAAGCAAGGAACAUUUUGUGUGGACUGUGAGACUUACCACACUGCCGCCUCUACCCUUGGCAGCCAAGGUCAGGCCGGGAAGCUGAUGUAUGUGAUGCACAACUCCGAGUAUCCACUGAGCUGUUUUGCCCUCUUUGAGAAUGGCCCUUGCCUUAUUGCUGACACCAACUUUGAUGUGCUCAUGGUGAAGCUUAAGGGUUUUUUCCAGAGUGCCAAGGCCAGCAAGAUUGAGACCUGGGGCACCCGUUACCAGUACUGUGACUUCCUGGUGAAGGUGGGCACAGUCACAAUGGGGCCCAGUGCCUGGGGCAUCUCUGUGGAGGUGGAAUAUGGCCCCUGUGUGGUGGCUAGUGACUGCUGGAACCUGCUCCUCGAGUUCCUCCAGAGCUUUCUAGGCAGCCACACACCAGGGGCUCCUUCAGUGUUUGGAAACAGACAUGAUGUGGUCUAUGGCCCCACAGAUACCAUGGUCCAGUACAUGGAACUCUUCAACAAGAUCCGCAAGCAGCAGCAGGUGCCGGUGGCAGGAAUUCGUUAGUGACUGGCUAUUGCUGGCUGAGUUGUCACCAUGUGUACUGCACAGCAGGAGCAAGGGCUGUAUUCUCAGGGAUCUGGAACCUAGAAACCCAGGGCAGACAUGGAAGCUUCUCUCCCUCUGGUUCCCAGCUGUGGUUUUUGUCUGGGGCUCUGAACUCCCCUCCCUUGACCCCCAUAUGCAGCCCUCAACAGCUGUCUUACCCAAUGCCUUGCUGGAUUUGUUCUGUCCUCAAGAAUGGUAAUUAUGAAGAAUGGAGAAGUUUGGACCUUUCCUGCUAUAGGGGAAAAGGUAGGACAGGGUGUCCUUGCCUAGUGUUGGAGGGAAAAACAAUGUGUACCUUCAGCUGUUGAGGAUUUGACCUUGGCCCAAGUGGCCAUGCUGUGCUUCAUGUUGGGCUGUGCUGUCCUGAAACCCCCUCCUCUGCUCUAGUGGAGGGACAGCACAGCUGGUAGGAUGGCUCUCAUUUUUUGACCUGUUCAUGGAAGUGACUUGUGACAUGGCUUUCCUAGGGCAUUGCCUGGGUUCUUUGAACUCUCCUCUUACAUCUUUCCCUUCCUUUGUGGAUUACAUGAUGCAACAGAAUUCACUACUGUGCAGAACCAGAAGGAUGGGUUCUUACGAGAUAAACCUAUUUUUCUAUUAUCUAAUAGUUUCAGAGAUAAUCAGGUGGUUGGGCAGAUCUAACUCUACAAAGUCACCAGGAACUCUUGUUUCCUUAUGUCUUAUUUUUCAGCCACCCCCAGAAUAUUAUCCUUAAGCAAACUCACUGGCCCCAUGUCCACUGGAAGGAUGGGGAAGGAUGAAGAGAAAAGCAGUUUCUUUUUUAAAGGUUAUGGUCUGGAAUUGUUCAGAUUACUGUGGCUACACUUUGCUAAAAGGGCUGCUAGGAUAUAGAGCCUUUUAUCUGGGCAGUCGUAGCCCAGUUACAGCUCAGAGGGUUCUGUGACUAAAAGGUGAAGGGGAUAGGGAUGAUGGGACCCGUUUAGUGGUUUCUGCUACGUGAAGCUCAAUGAACAUGUCAGGAAUGCUCUUGGCAGCUAUUUCUUGAUUAUUACGCCCUGUAACAAAGGCAUCUGCCUAUGAGUUGGAUUGGAGUAAUGACUGAUCCCAUAGCCUCUUGGGGUUUAUUGGAAGUUAGCUGUGCACCUCUCCAGCACUCAGAGAUUAGUAUUGACCAUGAUAUUUGAAGCAUGCUUCACGGUUCCCUGAAGUCUUUGUACUUGCCUCAUUUCAGCCCCAAGCUGCUCAUUUGACUUAAACUGCUUGCCUACCCAACUCCUGCUAGAGAAAUAUUCAGCCAGGCUGGGCAUGCUGACACAUGUCUAUUAUCUCGGCAGCUUGAGAGGCUGAGGCAGGAAGAUUGCAAGUUUGAGGCUAGUGAAACUCUGUCUUAAAAAAUAAAAAAGGACUGGGAUAGUAGCUUAUUGAUAAAGUACCUCUGGGAUUGAUUUCUAGUAUCAUAGGAAAAAAAAAAAAGCUCAACCAGGCUACUUUGUGAUACAUAGAUCUGGUCUUAGGAAAACUGUUAAUAUAUGCACUAUAUAGGUUGUCACAAGGAUUCUGUCCCUCCCUGAAGGCACUAAAGAAAAACUUUUUCUAUGGUACAUUUCCACAAUAGGAAUCAGGUUACCAGUCCUGUUUCCUUGUAGUUUUGACUGACAGGAAGCUCAGUUCAGCUUUCUAGCUAUAGGGUUGUCAUUUAUAUUUUUUGUAUCACUUCCUGUUUUUGUUGUUGUCCCCAUUGAUUUUUUUUUUUUUUUUGCUUUUAAAAUUUUAAGGUAUGUUUUAGGUAUAAUUUUCAUGCAAUAAAAUGUAUAGAUUUUAUGUUUUUGGCUUUCUGGUUUAUAUUUGCUUUUGUCUGGAUCUAUUUGUAAUUUUCUGUAGCUGCCUCAACUCUCGUAUGAAAUGAGACAAUGUACAGGAGGAUUUUGAAUGCAGUGUGUUCCUGAGAAUACAGAAGUUGAAUGUGAGAAAUGUGGACCCUACACAUGCUGUAUAAGAAGGGGCUUGGUUCCCUGAAGCUAAAAAAUAGAAUAAAAUCCCUUCUUAUACUUAAAAAAAAAAAAGAAAUCAUAUUCGGCUAUGCACACUUCCUUCAAGACCCACAUUUGUGGUGAUUUUUUUAUUCAUUCAACAAAUAUUUAUUAAGCACUUAGUAUAGGCACUGGGUCUAACAAUGAAUAUCACUCAAAAUCCUUGCCCUCAAGGGGGCUUUUUCAUCUAGUGGGAUAUUAGAAUUCCCAGAAUAUCUCAGUGGAAAUUUCAGUGCUUCAUGGGUCUGGUUUUACAUGACAAUGUCACUAAACAAAGGGUGUUAAGGUAAGCGUAGGGCUGGCUUCCAUAACUAUGUAUAUUGGUAUCAGUGGGAAAGAACAGUCAGUCUAGAUCA